UUUCUUUUCUUUAUCAAAUUUGCAGUGCUACUGUGUGUGAAAAGGGAGGACGCACAUUAAAGAAUGUUAGCUCAAACAACUUUGACACGUCAUAUUUAGCACUACCUAUAUAUUUUUUACCAGGUAUCGCUAGUUAGCAAUUUAUUCGAAUUUUAUAUAAUUGUUAGUUGUACAUCUAACUCCAUACACAGUUGACGACAAUGAAACAUGGCGGAGAUUGAAGAAGAGAAGUUAGCAGAAUUUACUCGAACACGUGGACUAAAGCUAAUUUGGUUGACUAAGAACAAACAGCUGAAACAAGCAAAUUCCUUAUUGGAAGAAGAAGUAGACUUAAAUUGUAAAGAUGAGGCUGGUUGGAAUGCAAUACAUUAUGCUGCAGCAGGCGGAUAUACAGACUUGGUAAAAACAUUGGUAAAGAAAGGAGUCCGUGUCAAUAAGAAAGAUCGUAAUGGAGAGACCCCACUGCAUAAAUGUUCUAGACGCGGACAUAUUCUAUGUGCUGUUUCUCUUGUAACACUUGGUGCAAAUAUUUCAAAAUAUGACAAGCAUGGCCAGACACCACUGGAAGUAGCCGUUAAAUCUAGAAAUGUUGAGAUGGUCAAGCUAUUCUGUUUGUUUGGUGCUGAACCGUCAUUACAGGACUGGUCUUGGACAAUGGAAGAACUUGACCAAAAAGAAAAUCAGAUAUUAGAACUGCUUGUUAGCCAACAUAGUCGAAUGCCAGGUUAUAAAUAUGGAUCAAUUUUACAGACAGUUUUAUAUGUUUCACCUAAAGAUGGAAUCAAACUUGACAAUAUUGGAGUGGAAGUACUGAAAUGCGAUACGUUUUCGCCGUUUUACUUUUAUUGCAGUAAAAUGCAGACAGAAUAUUCUGAAAUUCGGAGUAAAUUAACAGACGAACAAGAAACUUAUGGCGACACAUACGAACUCUGCAUUUGGGAUUGCUCAAGUCAAAAUUUAAAACUGAAAUUAACAGUGCCUGGUGUGACACAGUGUAGUGAAAAGUUGUUUGCCAUUGCUCUUGAAGGAAAGCCUGUUUCUGUAACAAACGUUUAUAGACAUCUUGCUGAGGAUAGUGACGUAGAAGAUGACUUCACAGAAGUACUAGUCAGUGUUCCAUUAGAAGAAAGGAAGCUGUCCAGAUUUUCUAUUGUAAAGCACUCUACACCAGAAAUAUUCGCUAUAUCAAAUGAACAAGCAACAACGAUUAUUCCACAGAUGGAACCUGACGCAGAAAUCGAUAUACCGCAAGGGACUUUUGAGCAACCUAGUGAAAUGGCAGUAAAUAUUGUAGAAACUAAAGAAAUCAAUAAAGAAGAAGACAAUGGCACAGCUAUAUUACUGACUAACGUCUUAGAACUGACAGUAAACAAUGGACAACAACCAAAGGAACCAAUACGUGUAGUCAAACCAAUACAUGAUAUGGAGGCCGUGUCAGACGAUAUCGUCGUGUUGACCUCAACAACUGACCAACCAGAGGACUCAGAAUUAGACUGGGAAAUUAGAGAUGCAACGAUUAAUCCAGACGGAAAGUCAGCAUUCUUUUAUGUCAACCAUUUCUCAUUUUACUCAGUAUCAAGAAAGAAAAAGGUAGAUACAGAUUUGUUGGAAGUGGUUAGCGCCAUAGAACGCUCUAUUUACAGAAAGAAACGGGUUGUAUUUUUCCUGCUGACUAAAUGGAUAAACAGUAAGUCAUCUGAACUCGUCCUGGAAUGCGCUGGAAUGAGACAGUUAGAUCAAAGAAUCGAAAACUGGACAGGCAAUGGAUAUGAUUGUUCUACAUUACAGAAAAGUGACGUUUACCAUGCACAAAUCGGCCAGAGUUUCAAUCUCAAACUAAAUGGAAACUUGACAGACAUGGCAGACGAGGACACAAAGUGUAUAACACUGCAAAGUAAUAGAAAUAAUUCCCGCGUUUUCAACAUCGGAGUUAACGAAAGUUGCGAACAACCAGAGGGAGAACUGGAAAUAUUUCAAGAAAAAGAAGCGGAUGAAGUGCCAAAAGAAGUACCAGCUGUACAUUCUAAGUCAAUCUGGUGCACGUCGGCGACUGUACCCAAACCACAUGUUGCAAACGUUGUUGUAGAAAGUAUUUUGAAAAUGAAUAUCAAAAUUCCAGAAAAACCAGUAAUCGUAGAAGAAAAGCCUGAGGUACAUUCAGAUGAUGACGACGAUGACGAUCUACAGACAGUUGAAAACAUGGGAAUGCAAGAAAAUGAACCGAUAACAAAUGACAUGUCACUGAAGAAAAUAGUAAAUCUGACAAAGACUAUCUAUAAAGGUGGCAAAGCAAUGAAUGUUCUUGUUAUAAAAACAAAGAAAAAGGGAUACGUAAGAUAAAAGGAUAUUACCUGGUACUUAACAACGAGACUGAGAAAGUUAAGGAGACUUUUUCAUUUGGAAUCUUCAUCAUCAUCGUAUUUGUUGCGUCGUUACAUUUUAAUAAGUUUUUGUGGAUGGUUUUUUUUUCCUCGUAAAAGUAUAUUUUAAUAUCUUUAUGGACAUCGUCUGUAUCUGUGCUUGCAUGUAAACUGAUGAUUUUGAUUGACCCGAACAUACUUACUUCUGAACUUUUUCAACUCUGAGGAAUUUAAAACAUAACAUCGGUUUGGUUAACCUUUAAACCACAUUUUGUACAGUGCUUGGUGGAUAGUUGUCUCAUUGGCAAUCAUAUCAUAUCUCCUUAUUUUAUAUUAUAGUUAAUGUAUACCAAACUUCCAGCUCAAAGUAUACUGCAACAGUAGCAUUACACGAUAAGAGGACGACCAUUUAACUUUAAGGGGGUUAUUGAUUAUUUUUCAAUAUGACAUUUUGUUCCUACCAAGAAGCAAUAAUUUUUUAUUUAUUUGUCGCCCAAACAUUGAUUUUUUGUUAAUGAACUCUCAAUUAGAAUAGAAUAUUUUUAUAAGAAAUAACCAUAACCAAACCCCCUCAGAUACAAAUGGUCGUUCCCUAACCAUAUGUUGCUACUGAAUCCCUGUUAUUCUAUUAUUUGAGAAAUAGUGCGUUGGAUGACAGUUAAAUGGUAGUUUAUCCAGUGAAUUGGGAUAUACCAUGACAUUAAUUUACUAUAUAUCAGUGGAAGAUAUGAGCAGAGACAGUUUUAGAGGGGUCCACCCCCUCUUGGAGCUACAUGUAUGGAUAAUGAAAAGACUUUUUACAAGUGGCUCUCUCUCCCUUUUUCAAAAUUCUAGAUCCGCAAUUGAUGAGUUCUGUUGGACUAAAUAUUCAGGUGUUAAAAGAAAAUCAAUUCAAAAGACACAUUCUGAUGAAGUCCUUUCAAUCGAUUUUGAAAUUUAAUUUAAAUAUAAAAGCUUCAUGUUUUAAUAUAGCAAAACACACACACAAAUAAAAGACUUCUGGAAGUUUACAUAUACUAUAGCCCUGAAUGAAAUUAAAUGUCCAGCUAUAAUUUGACCACCAAAGUAGCCAAGACCAACACUCGACAUCAACACCAAAAUCAUUUCUAACCCCCUCCCCAACAAAAUAACUACAAACAUAAAACAAAGAAAAACAAAAAAAAAACAAUAAACAAACCAACACAAACAAAGAAACAACCUCUUGAAGUGAUUUUUUGUUUCUGUACUUGCUUAUCUUUCAUAUUCCAAACUUUUGGUGCCGAAACUAGGUGGCCAUAGUACACAUGUAUGAUAUGGUGAAGAUUAACCUAGAGCAGUGCUUUGAGUACAGGUUAUUUGCUAUAUAAGAGCAACAGUCAGGAGUAAAAGAUCUAUAAUUAAUGAACAUUUAGUGAGCAAGCUCACAUACCCUACAUUAUGAUUUUAGACCGUAAGAUUGUCAUACACAAAGUUGUUUUAUACUACUUGCAACUAUUAACUUGAUCUUAGACCAAGUAAGUUAUCUUUCUCCUUCCAUUAUGUGUAACCACAUAUCUAGAUAAAAAAUAAUCAUAAGUUACCAAAGGGAGAAUCAAAACUCACAAGUCGAAGAGAGACUGACAAAAUCAUGUGAAAAAACGAAAAACGGCUAAAAUACUAAAAAUUACAUAAAAA